CUUCGCGCCACAGGCAUCAGCUGUUCAGAAAAAAUAUUCUUGAUCGAAGUGAAAAAAGUAAAUUUUGCGAUUUUCUUAAAUUUAUAUAAAUUAAUUAAAUUUGUGCUAAAAGAACUUUUGUUUUUGCAAUAAUAAAUGUGAUUCGUGUGCAUGUAAAUGUAAACAUUUUUGUCUUCAUAAAAGAAAAUUGCAAACCACAAUGUGGCCAUGUUAAGAUACCCAUAGUAACAAUUGACAUUUCCAGUUCUUUAGCCGCACAACAAGAUCGCAAACCUCAUAACCUUAAAAACAAGAAACACUUGCUUAAAAGCGUUAAAUAAAACAAAAAUCUGCCAUAAAAAAGAGAAAUCCGUAUUCUGAGAAAAACAUUCCGUUGAAUAUCCUACGCUUGAAAAACAGUUAUUCUUGCAAGCAAAAAUGUUUCAUUUAGUAAUUAUUUAACAAUAAAAGGGUUUUCCACUGCCCUUGACACCUCGAACUCGAACAGCUAGUAAAGCACGUCCAAGAAUUUUGUAUAUUUUUGUAAAUUUUUUAAUCGUUUAAACCCAGUGAUUGUUUAUUUUAUAUUUGUAUUUAUUUUAAUUUAUUAUAAUUUAUUAUUUCGCGUUGCGUUUUAUGUUUUUAAUUAUAAUCCUAAAAAAACUAAUUCUGUGUCGUUAGUCGUGUGUACGUUUAUAAGUAAAAUUUUUUUUUGUCGCGUAGUGUGUCAGUUUAUUUGUGUUCGCUUAGCAAAUACUAUGGAAUCGGCAGCGUUAACUCCUUCUUCAAGCAUACAUGUUCCCAAACCAGAAGUAUGGAAAUCGCUUAAACGCAUCUCGGAACGUUAUUUGGAACCAGAUGAAUCUUCCUUGUCUGGCGAAGGUGAAGAGUUUAUGCUUGACAAUGCUCAAACGAAACGUUUUAAAAGUUUGGGUAAUUCUGCCCUAGACGAUUCUUGCUUUGAAUCGCCCGUCAAUAUGGGAGUCCUGUUGCGCCCCAAACGCAUAUUUCAAAAUGAGUCACGUUUUCAAGAAAUACAUAAUACUCACCAUGGCAUAUUAUCGCCCAUCACGGAGAUUUCGAUGAACUUAAAUGAAACUUCUUUAAAUUCUGAGCAAAGUAUGGUGGAAUCACAAAUCGAGGCCGACCACGGUUUUGACGAUGGCACAACGCCAAUUAAACGUUUUCGCUCGAGUGGUCGGCCAAAAUCAAAGCUAUUUUCAACGGAGUCUCAACUUUAUAACGAGGAUGCCAAAAUAAUUUCAACAAAAGGACAUUGUAUGGAUGAUAAAUUAGGCGACGAAGAAUCUUUAACAUGUUUGGAGUCGAGCUUUCAAAUCCAACGUUCAGGACGUAAUCCAUCUUCACGUCGUUUGAACUUAGAUGCUUCCAUGUCCGAUAUGGCAAUGGAAGAAUUAUCAUUCUACGAUGAUGAUCAUGUCAGUCAAAAUCGUCACUUCACAGCCAGUCCCCAGUUUAUGGGUUUACUCUCACCUGAGGGAUCUCCUCAACGCUUCCAAGUUGUUGAAAAAUCAAAAUUCUUGCAGUCACGCAAAAACUUCCCCUUGACUGCCAAAAAUGUCAACCGCAGCACCACCCUUAGUACAAACACACCCUCCAAAGGAUUCCGUCUCUUGCACAGUAUGUCAUCUACAGGAUCCAUGGAAUCAUCUAUGGAUGAUGAAUAUAUGGAAUUCUUUGAUAUGGAAAAUUUGGAUCAACCCUCUCAAUCAAAUGGUCUAAAUUUCCCCAGUGAUUUGAGUUCUUUAAUUUCGGGUCAAAUCAUCAAAAACUCUCCCGUCAAAACACCAGAAAUGCGCAGACCUUCAGUAAGACGUUGUCUGAGCAUGACCGAAAACACCCAAUUCCAGCCAAAGACUCCCGAAACUGUUAAUGCCUCAAAUGCCAACACCGCCACCACCCCCUUCAGCGCUCGCCUCAAUGGCAAUUGCUGCUUCAAGCGUCCAGAGCCACCAUCCACCACCUGCUCGCCAAUACAAUCAAAACGCUACCGCGGUGCCGAAAAGGAGAAUCUCGAUGGCUCGUUUACAGGCAACAGCAAAACCUCACCCGCCUCUUCAUCAUCAUGCUCCUCUUUGGCCAGCACCAGCACAAGUACCCGCCCCACUUUACGCAAAUGCAUGUCGAUGAAUGAUGCCGAAAUCAUGUCCGCCCUAAAUCGUUCCGAAAACAAAGACGAACCCGAUCUAAUCGGUGAUUUUAGCAGACCAUACGCUUUACCUCUCAUCGAGGGACGCCAUCGUGAUCUCAAAUCCAUUACCAGCCAUACCGUCGCUCGCCUUUUGAACGGUGACUUCAAUGACAAAGUAGCCAGCUAUAAAAUCAUUGACUGUCGCUAUCCCUACGAAUACGAAGGCGGUCACAUCGAAGGUGCCAAGAAUUUAUACACACAAGAGCAAAUCAUCGAAGAAUUCAUGACGAAACAAAAGACUGAACAACAACAACGCAACAAUGAGGCAUCGGGCAACAAACGCAAUAUCAUAAUUUUCCAUUGUGAAUUCUCAUCGGAACGCGGUCCCAAAUUGUCGCGUUUCUUGCGUAACUUGGACCGUGAGCGCAAUACCAACGUCUAUCCCGCUUUGGAUUACCCCGAAAUCUAUCUGUUGCACAAUGGUUACAAAGAAUUCUUUGAAACUCACGUUGAACACUGCACACCUCACUCAUACCGUCCCAUGUUAGAACCAUCGUACAAUGAGGAAUACCGUCAUUUCCGUGCCAAGUCAAAGUCAUGGAAUGGCGAUGGUUUGGGUGGUGCCACACAACGUAUCAAGAAAUCUCGCUCAAGACUUAUGGUUUAAAAAGUCAAACAGAAUCGUUUCAAAUCAACUGCCUGCCCUUCAAAAAAAAAAAAACAAAAAACAAAUUUAUGUAAAAAGUAUUGUCAUUGUUAUUGUCAUUUUUAGUUAUUAUUUAAUUAUUAUUAGUUCUUUUUGUUGAUUUUUAUGUUUUGACCCCUCGCCCCUCCCACGCUCAGACCACAUUUGUAUUUUUAUUUUAUAACAAUUAUUUUUUGCAUUUUUUUAAUUUAUUGAAUGUUAAUGUUAUCAAUUCUAUAAUAUAUUCAAUCAAUUAAACUUAUCCAGACAUUUGUAAAAAUCUUAAAACACACACACAAAUAUUUAACAAAAGCAACAAAGGAAGCUUAUAUAAACAAAUUGUCAAAUUGAAUACCCUUUUGUAGAUUCUAAGAAUUAUUACUUAUUAUUUAUUUUUAUAAUUUAAUUUAGUUAAUUUAUACAUCGUAGAACCAACCAACUCUUCACUUAUAUUUUAGAAUCCUUUUUUAUUUUUAUAUAUUAUUUUUUUAGUUGAAUUUGUGUAUAGUUUAAAAUUUUAAAAUUGUAAUUUCUAAAAACAAUCAUUUUUAAAUUGUGUGCAUUAUACUAUAAAUACGUAUGUAUAACAGUCCGUCCGCUUUCGUCUGACCUCUGAGUCUCUUCUCCUUACCUGUUUCUAAUUAUAAAACAAAAACAAAGAAGCAAGCUUAACAAUUUAUAAUUUAAACAAAAAAAUUUUCGUAAAGUUGAAAACUUUUUACGCACAAUUACGCUUAUUUUUAUGUUAACUUUUAUUUUUUAUUU